AAGUAAACAUAGACCGCUACAUGAAUAUAGGUCGGAAACACAGUACAAGAAACAGCAGAUGAUGGAAAUAUGAGAAGGCUGGAGAAGUAGCCGGUUAAGCGCGGUUACGGUUCAAGGCACAGGGCACCAUUAAGACGCAUGCGAAGAAGCUAUAGUGUAAUAAUUGUAAAGCAUCUACCUCUGGAUAUUUCAUAACCAUGGCGGACACUGAAAAGGAAAACAUUAUUAAUAACGUUCCUAAGUUACUUACCGGAAGAUGAGAGACCGGACAUGACGUCAUUAAAGAAUUAUUUUUACAAUGGAUUGUUAAACCCGACAAUAACGUUUUGGGACGGGUUUCGAUUUCUGCCCCGUUUUAACCCAGAGACCGCCAAAUUCGCGUAUGAGAUGACGUACAAGAAUAGUGACGUAAUAGUGGCUGCAUUUCCAAAAUCAGGAACCACUUGGAUACGAACAAUAGUCCAACACCUUGCGUACAAGAGCGACCCAAAGCAAAUGGAAAUAAGUUCGAAGCUCAACAUGCCGUUCAGUUACCUUGAAACCGGGACUCCGAUAAAGUUUGAAGUUGUAAACAAACUUCCUUUAUCACGGAGAGUAUUCUCUACCCAUUUAGACGCUCAACUUGUGAAUUUAAAAAAGAUCAAAGAAUCUGGGGCAAAGGUAAUUUACUGCAUCCGCAACCCGAAGGACCAAGCUGUAUCGUGGUAUCAUAUGUACCCAAAUAUAAGGUGUAUAGACCAUCCAAACUUUAAGGAGAUUUGUCCGAAAACUUGGGAAGAAUUUUUCAAUAUGUACACUUCAGGCAAACAACCACUAUUUACGCGCGAUGGAGGAUGGUAUCCUGAUCACGUGAUGUCGUGGUACCAACAUCGUGAUGACGUCAUGUUUGUUGUUUAUGAAGAAAUGAAAAGGGACCCUGUCAAGCAAAUAUUAAGAAUAGCAGAUUUUCUCAACAUUCCGGCAACACUGGAAAGGGUUGAAGAAAUAGCGAGUAUGACGUCAUUUAGUAAAAUGUCGGCCGAGUUGAAAGAUCGCGCACCUGCCGAUAACUUCUAUAGAAAAGGAGAAGUGGGCGAUUGGAAGAACUAUUUUAGUGAUGAGCAAUCAAAAUUAAUGGACAAGUUAAUCCAAGAAAAACUUGGAAACACUGGCAUAAAGUUUAUAUACGAGUGACAUAAAAAAUAUGUUUGUCUUACAGCUCGUGUGUAUGAAUAAGAUGUCGAAACGUCAAAUAUGUUUUCAGGGUGGCAACAUUAACAAAUUGCAUACUACUAUACUAGAUGUCUGGAAACAACAGUUUAAUUGUUUGUUAAAUCGAACAUUUGUUGCAGCUUGCGCGAUUAUUAUGUUAGCAAAAGAUAAACUGUGCUAAAUAAGUUAUCUGUUUACUGGAAACACCAUCAUAGAUUGUAUAUGUGUAUCACGCUUAUUUAUCCUUGCAUUCAGGGGAAACCACAACAGUUAUUGCACAGGUGUUCUAUUACACACACCUCGUGCCCUCUUA